CAAAAAAGUUUUUUGAGAGCACUGGAGGAAGCUAAUGAGUGACCUCUUUUCACCUCCUUUCUAGCUUUCCUCCUCUUCCCCCACCCCCCUCAAAGCUGAGGUGUGUCACUGCUGAACUGAGCCUGAUGAAGAGACUUGAGCACCCUCUGGGAUGCUCAGCUGUGACAGAAGCACUGUCUAUCGACGCAGGUUCUGAGACACUCGUGUGCAGAGUUUAGCAGAUGCUGGGCAGGACACUUGCCUGCUGUAGCCAAGACUGCAGGUUCCUUUAACUCCAAGCCAUGAAUGAAUCCAGGUGGACUGGAUGGAGGAUCGUGAACAUGAGCAGUGGCGUUGUGAAUGUGUCCGAGCGUCACUCCUGCCCACUUGGAUUUGGCCACUACAGUGCGGUGGAUGUCUGCAUCUUUGAGACUGUCGUUAUUGUAUUGCUGACAUUUCUAAUCAUCGCUGGGAAUUUGACAGUCAUCUUUGUCUUUCACUGUGCUCCGCUCUUACACCAUUAUACUACCAGCUAUUUCAUUCAGACAAUGGCAUAUGCUGAUCUUUUCGUUGGAGUUAGCUGCUUGGUUCCUACUCUCUCACUUCUCCACUACUCCACAGGUGUCCACGAGUCAUUGACUUGCCAAGUUUUUGGAUAUAUCAUCUCAGUUCUAAAAAGUGUUUCUAUGGCGUGUCUUGCUUGCAUCAGCGUGGAUCGCUAUCUUGCAAUAACCAAGCCUCUUUCCUACAAUCAACUUGUCACCCCUUGUCGCCUGAGAAUUUGUAUUAUUUUAAUCUGGAUCUACUCUUGCCUAAUUUUCUUGCCUUCGUUUUUUGGCUGGGGGAAACCUGGUUACCAUGGUGACAUUUUUGAAUGGUGUGCCACCUCUUGGCUUACCAGUGCCUAUUUUACUGGUUUCAUUGUUUGUUUACUUUAUGCCCCUGCUGCCUUUGUUGUCUGCUUUACUUACUUCCACAUUUUCAAAAUUUGCCGGCAGCACACCAAAGAGAUAAAUGACCGAAGGGCCCGAUUCCCUAGCCAUGAGGUAGAUGCUUCUAGAGAGACUGGGCACAGCCCUGACCGACGCUAUGCCAUGGUUUUGUUUAGGAUAACUAGUGUAUUUUACAUGUUGUGGCUCCCGUAUAUCAUUUACUUUCUUCUAGAAAGCUCCCGUGUCUUGGACAAUCCAACACUGUCUUUCUUAACAACUUGGCUUGCCAUAAGUAAUAGUUUUUGUAACUGCGUAAUAUAUAGCCUCUCCAACAGUGUUUUCCGGCUAGGCCUCCGAAGACUGUCUGAGACAAUGUGCACAUCUUGUAUGUGUGUGAAGGAUCCAGAAGCACGAGAUCCCAAACCUAGGAAACGGGCUAAUUCCUGCUCCAUUUGAAGAGAAUGACACAGUAAAUCAAGUAUAAUCUGACAGUGGUUUUGGAUCACAUUCUUGACUCAUCUGGAAAUGGGCCACCCGAGAAAUACUUACUUGAAUAAUUGACUUACGAAUUAAAGGAUAAGACUGAAGGUUCAUUUUCUUUUCCUUCUUCAUGGAAAAAACAUUAAGGAAAGGAUACAUAAAGGGUACUAUCAUGGGAUAGUUUUAGCUUGUGAGUAUAAAUGUGCAGUAAGAGAAAAAAAAUAUAAGCCCUGAGGAUGAAAGAAGUAUCUUAAAUCUCCUCCAGGAUGUGAGCAAGUCCUCGGCAUUUCUGUCUGACUGUCCUCUCUGCCUCUUUGUUUCACAUUUUGUCUCCUUCCAUUUCUUUACACUGUGUUUGUAGAAGUACUUGCUUACAUAAAUUGCCCUUGAUGGAAAAGUGCUACAUAUUAUAUAUGUGGCAAAGUAUAACCUUUUUCAUCAGUAUGUACUUUUAAUCAAUCUAACCUGCAAUCUGUAAGUAGUUUCUUCAUGGAAGAUACACAGUAACUAUUAUAUUUUAUUACUUGCUAUCCAACCCCUUUGCUUGUGUUUUUAUAAUCUCUGCAGCACAAAUAUUCUACACACAAAAAGAAACAGUAUUUUUGUUUCUUUUAGUUAAAAUGACAUUUUGCUUCUUAACUCCUUUCUAACAGCCUGCUCUUUUUCCCCCCUCCUCUUUCUCUCUUGAUCUGCAUCCUUUGGUACCUUAUUCCAGAAGUGUCUUAGCUAAAGAAAGAAUCUACUGUAUAAAGUCAUAAUGUUAAAUAAUUUAUUUAUUCCAACCAAGCAAUCUCAUAGCCUAUUUGGGAGAUUAUGUUAAAUAAUUUCAAUGGCUUUUGGAGACAUUUUUAUCUGGUUCCUUUUAAAUUAGUUCACAUGCCUAAAGCGAUGUCUUUUUUGCUAUAGUAAAGCUUUGUUUUUCUUUUGAGAAAACCCAAAGUAAUUCUAAUGCAGCUGCAAGAUAUUCACCCAACAGUGAGGUAUCAUUCCUUUUUACUACUUGGAAUGUCCC